CCGGCAGGGGACUCACAGGGCGUGACCCUGCAGCGGAACAUCACGCUGCUCAACGGCGUGGCCAUCAUCGUGGGCACCAUCAUCGGCUCGGGCAUCUUCGUGACGCCCACGGGCGUGCUCAAGGAAGCGGGCUCGCCGGGGCUGGCGCUGGUGGUGUGGGCCGCGUGCGGCGUCUUCUCCAUCGUGGGCGCGCUCUGCUACGCCGAGCUGGGUACCACCAUCUCCAAGUCGGGCGGCGACUACGCCUACAUGCUGGAGGUCUACGGCUCGCUGCCCGCCUUCCUCAAGCUCUGGAUCGAGCUGCUCAUCAUCCGGCCCUCCUCGCAGUACAUCGUGGCCCUGGUCUUCGCCACCUACCUGCUCAAGCCGCUCUUCCCCACCUGCCCAGUGCCCGAAGAGGCAGCCAAGCUCGUGGCCUGCCUCUGCGUGCUGCUGCUCACGGCCGUGAACUGCUACAGCGUGAAGGCUGCGACCCGGGUCCAGGAUGCCUUUGCCGCUGCCAAGCUCCUGGCCCUGGCCCUGAUCAUCCUGCUGGGCUUUGUCCAGAUCGGGAAGGGUGAUGUGUCCAAUCUAGAUCCCAAGUUCUCAUUUGAAGGCACCAAAUUGGAUGUGGGGAACAUCGUGCUGGCAUUAUACAGCGGCCUCUUUGCCUACGGAGGAUGGAAUUACUUGAAUUUUGUCACAGAAGAAAUGAUCAACCCCUACAGAAACCUGCCCCUGGCCAUCAUCAUCUCCCUGCCCAUCGUGACGCUGGUGUACGUGCUGACCAACCUGGCCUACUUCACCACCCUGUCCACCGAGCAGAUGCUGGCUUCCGAGGCCGUGGCCGUGGACUUCGGGAACUAUCACCUGGGCGUCAUGUCCUGGAUCAUCCCCGUCUUCGUGGGCUUGUCCUGCUUCGGCUCCGUCAAUGGGUCCCUGUUCACAUCUUCCAGGCUCUUCUUCGUGGGUUCCCGGGAAGGCCACCUGCCCUCCAUCCUCUCCAUGAUCCACCCACGGCUCCUCACCCCUGUGCCGUCCCUCGUGUUCACGUGCGUGAUGACGCUGCUCUAUGCCUUCUCCAAGGACAUCUUCUCCGUCAUCAACUUCUUCAGCUUCUUCAACUGGCUCUGCGUGGCCCUGGCCAUCAUCGGCAUGAUCUGGCUGCGCUAUAGAAAGCCCGGGCUGGAGCGGCCCAUCAAGGUGAACUUGGCCCUGCCCGUGUUCUUCAUCCUGGCCUGCCUCUUCCUGAUCGCCGUCUCCUUCUGGAAGACGCCUGUGGAGUGUGGCAUCGGCUUCACCAUCAUCCUCAGCGGGCUGCCCGUCUACUUCUUCGGGGUCUGGUGGAAAAACAAGCCCCAGUGGCUCCUCCAGGGCAUCUUCUCCACGACCGUCCUGUGUCAGAAGCUCAUGCAGGUGGUUCCUCAGGAGACAUAGCCAGGAGGCCAAGAGGCUGCCAGAGGAGCAUGCACAGAGGCCAGUUAACGCAGCUCACCCCCUCGAACCCACUCCGGUUCCCCACAGUCCACAGCUCAGCUGCGCAUCCCAGUCCCUCGCUGUCCCUCCCAGGUCGGGCGGCGGAGCUGCUGUGAAAACUCUGGUACGAAUCUCGUCCCUCAGCUGAGGUCGAGUCCGGGACCCAGGUGUGCCUGUGCUCCUGGCCCAGGAGCAGCGUUUGGUCUCGUCGGGCCCCUUUUCUCUUCCCUCCUUUGUUUACUUGUUUUGUUGUUUUUUUUUUAACUUAAAUUUUGGGUCAACUUGACACCACUAGGAUGAUGAUUUUUUAAGGAGCUGGGGAGGGCAGGAGCCUUCCUUUCUCCUGCACACUAUGUGCCCCAAGGGACCAGACCCUGGGCGAACAGAGCUACUGAGACUUGAAACCUCAUCGCUACCAUAGACUUGCACUGAAAGCCGGACAGCUGCCCAGACUCAUGUGCUUGUGACAUUCAUGAAAACCAACCCUGUGGGCUUAUGUCUCUGCCUUAGGGUUUGCAGAGUGGAAACUCAGCCGUAGGGUGGCACUGGGAUGGGGGUGGGGGAUCCAGGCGAGGUGGAGGGUCCGAGGUGGGUGAUUCCAGAGCUCCUCCCAGGAGGUACCUGAGGCCCUGUUGGACUCCAGACCAUAUAUCCUAGCCCCGAGACACCAUCCCAAGCCAGGGAACAGCCCCAGGGUGCGGGGGGUGCCGGCAUCUCCCCUAGCUCACCAGGCCUGGCCUCUGGGCAGUGCGACCUCCUGGCUCUUUCUGUGUCCAGUUUUGGAGGCUGAGUUCUGGUUCAUGCAGACAAAGCCCUGCCCUUCAGUCUUCUAGACGCAGGCAAGAAAAGCAGACACACCGUGGCCAGGUACCCAAGUGGGAACCCGCUCUGGGCUCCACACAGCAGUGUCCCCUGUCCUGGAGGUCACAGCUGCCCUCAGGCUCCAAAGCUUUGGCCUCUGUGCUGCCCAAAUAAAUCCCUGCCCAGCAGCCCCUUCUGGCCAGGGCUGGGUUCCGGCUCCCGGCCAAAGCACCUCCCCACUCUCCCUGUCACCCUCACGUCUUGUCCUGGUCCCCCUGAUGCCCGUUGUCUAGGAGACAGAGCCAAGCACUGCUCACCUCUCUGCCGCCUGCGUUUGGAGGUCCCUGGGCUCUCACCCAGUCCUCACCCUCCUGCAGAGAGGGAGAUAGCAGCUCCCACCGUUUCUGUUGUUCCUGUGAAUUUUUUUCCCUAUGGGAGGCAGCCGAGGCCCAGCCAGUGUGGUCCACUUUCCUGAGCUGUUGCUGCCUCUGUGGCAGCAGCCAGGGGCCCGCAGAACAAGAAGACCCCACCGGGCCUCUCCUGAGGUCUGGGGGGCUCUGUCUUCUCUUCUCCCCAGCUAGAGGUGGAGCCACGUGGUCCAGAAUCACUCCAGUGCUCCGCUGUGGCUGGAGGAGCUGGCCUGUGGCACAGCCCUGAGUACCCCAAGCCGGGAGCCACCGGAGCGGUGCUGGACAUGGCUUCACUGACCAGCGGCUGCUCAAGCCGCAAGCUCUGAGCAGGUGCUCAGUGGAGCCUGCCGCCCCCUGCCUGGGCCCCAGGACCCCCUCAUCAUCCAGUGGGCCUGCAGAAACCUGAUAGACAGUUUAGGGACCCGGGGCCAGAUGUCCAUCUCUCUUGCUUGAGGAAUGAAGACUUU